AUGCGUCCUGCUCUUCCCGUGGGCCUCAAGCUGGGAGUGACACUACACUACCUCGCCACGGGAGAUGACUACACAAGCCUCCACUACGACUUCAGGGUGUCUGUUCCAUCGAUCUCCAGAUUUGUUCCCAAAGUCCUCAAGGCCAUCAUCCAAGUUUACAAGGACGAGUGGAACUACCACAACUGCCUCGGCGCCCUGGACGGCAAACACGUACCCAUCAGAAGACCACCCCACGCUGGCUCCAAGUUCUUCAAUUAUAAGAAGUUUCACAGCAUCAUCCUCUUGGCUUUGGCGGACUCUGGCUUGAGGUUCAUCUACGUCGACGUCGGGGCUGAGGGGGGAGCUGGCGAUGCAGGCACCUGGAACCGCUGCACCCUACAGCAGGCCAUCGAAUCAGGAGCGCUCAGCCUGCCAGACGACACUUGCCUGCCUCACGACGACACUCCCCUGCCCUACCACAUCGUUGGUGAUGAUGCCUUCGCCCUGCAGCCGAGGUUGAUGAAGCCCUACUCCAACAGAAGCCAGAUCCCCCAGCAGAGACUGUUUUCAUACCGUCUUUCAAGAGCUCGCCGGGUGGUGGAGAACGCCUUCGGGGUGAUGCAGCGCAAGUUCAAGGUUUUCGGAGUCACCCAAGGGAUUUUGCCUGCAACAGUGAGAGAUGUCGUCACCACCUGCUGCAUUCUCCACAACAUGGUCGUCACACCCGCCAUCCAACCUGCCGAGAUAGACCACGAAGACGAGGACCACAACAUUGUUCCUGGCAGCUGGAGAGAAGGCGAGACCCUGAUGGCAGACCUCGCUCCAGCCAGAGGCAACAACCCCAGCAGGCGAGCAAAGGCCGUGAGGGACUACCUGGCGAACUACUACACUUCAGAAGUUGGAGCUGUGCCCUGGCAGGAACGGCUGGUCUACCCCCGAGGACGCCCCCUGUUAUAG